AGAAUACAACCAUCCAGAUAUCGCUAUUCAAUUUUCCUAUUCUAUAUUAUUACCACAUAUCACCACAUCCCUGUAACAGUCAUUUGGCCACCCUCUCCCAAAUUCCAAAAAACCAUGUCCACCCUCUUCACCACCCCACCACCCCCCCUCCAAAGCGCCAUAGCGACCUUCCCCCACCCCGCCGUCCUCCUCGUAACCCUCAACCGCCCCAAAGACCUGAACUGCAUCUCCACCCCAGGCCACUACGAGCUCGACGCUCUCUGGCGCUGGUACGACACCGAGCCAUCCCUGCGCUGCGCCAUCCUGACCGGCAACGGCCGCGCCUUCUGCGCCGGCGCCGACCUCAAAGAAUGGCACGCCUCGCAGUCAUCCCCCAAUUCCAAUUCCACUUCCAAUUCCGAGACCCGCCGCUCCAUGCCACCGUCAGGCUUCGGCGGGCUCAGUCGGCGCAGCGGCAAGAAACCCAUCAUCUGCGCCGUCAACGGCGCCUGUCUCGGCGGCGGCUGCGAGAUGAUCAUCAACGCGGACCUCGUGAUCGCGGAGCGCGGCGCCGUGUUCGGGCUCCCGGAGGUUAAGAUCGGCGUCGUGGCGCUGGCCGGCGCGUUGACGAGGCUGGUGCGCACCGUGGGCAGACAGCGCGCUAUGGAGAUGGCGCUUACGGGACGGCCGCUGGAUGCCCAGGAGGUGCGGGACUGGGGGCUGGUGAAUCGCGUGGUGGAGAAGGGGGAGGGCGUGAGGGAGGCGGUGCGGGUGGCGGUGGUGAUUGCGGGGAAUAGUCCGGAUAGUGUCAUUGUGAGUCGCGAGGGGGUGAAGAUGGGCUGGGAAGGGGUGGGGGCCGAGGAGGGCACAAGGUUGGUGUUGGAGAAUUGGUAUAGUAAGAUGGAUAAGGGAGAGAAUAUGAAGGAGGGGGUGAGGAGUUUCGUUGAGAAGAGGAAACCGGAAUGGGUUCCGAGUAAACUGUGAUAUCACUGAUAUAUUUUGUAUAUUUUAAAUAUAUGCAUCAUCUGACUCCU